AUGUGGCAAGCAGGAGUCGCUUGUCUGGCGCUGCUGGUUCUGCGGGCAGCGGGCAAGGACCUCGCGGACGUGCGGGAGGAGGAGCUCCCUCAGGCGCAGGAACCUGAUCUCAUCAAUUACGACGACUACAAUCCUUUCGGAGAAGACGAAAAUGCUAUAAUUGCGGAACGGGAUUUCAGAGGUUCUACAGUCAGACCGCCGAGCAGAUGUUUGGACAUGGGCCGCUCUUUCUCAGACGGGGAGACGUGGAAGAGGGACAACUGUACCCUCUGCCAGUGCUCCAGCGGUCGUGUCAACUGUUCUGUGCUGCCUUCCUGCUUAUCAUCACCAUCAACGUCUCGACCUGUGGCGAUACCUCCACCACGGCCCAGUCCGGUAGCCCCACCGCCGCCUCCCGUGAGGGGGGUGACUGGUGAUCCGGGCACGGACGGCCCGCCUGGCCCGCCAGGCAUGCCUGGUGUGAGCGGAGUACCCGGUGCGCCUGGUGUACCGGGGUCUAUUGGAACCAUGCCAGAUGUGAAUGCGUAUUUGGCUCAGUUAGCGGCAGCGGCGGGUGGCGAUAAGGGUCCCGUAUUCGAUCCUUAUCACUACAUGCAAGCAUCUGUUGGUUCUCCAGGAAUCAGAGGAAUACCAGGACCUCAAGGCCCGCCUGGUCCACAAGGCUUCCAAGGUCCAAGAGGAGAGCCUGGUGAACCUGGGCUUCCUGGACCUUCGGGUCCUCCUGGAGAACGAGGACCGCAAGGACCUCCCGGAAAAGAUGGUUCACCAGGUGAAGAUGGCGAACCUGGUCCCCCAGGGGCAGCGGGUCAAGUUGGUCCACGAGGUAGUCCAGGGAUACCAGGUCUCCAAGGGUUGAAAGGUCACCGCGGAUUUGAUGGCAAAAACGGCGCUAAGGGUGAACAGGGUCUGCCUGGUGAGAAGGGACCAUCUGGAUUGCCUGGGCAAAUGGGACCUCCGGGGCCUGUGGGCCCCGUUGGACCGCGAGGUGAAAGAGGACGCGAAGGUCCAUCCGGUCCUCCUGGCAUGCGAGGAGUGGAUGGCACACCAGGGCCUCCAGGAGUAAUGGGUAACGUUGGAAAGCCUGGCUCUCCAGGUUUUCCUGGUUCACCAGGUCUUAAGGGUGAACAAGGUAUAGUAGGCCCCAAAGGUAGCCAAGGCAUGCAAGGUCCAAGGGGUGAAGCUGGACGGCCUGGUCAACCUGGAGAAGUUGGACCAACAGGCUUAGCUGGGCGAGAUGGUAUACCAGGUGAAAAGGGCGUGCAGGGUCAAGCUGGCGCAUCAGGCCCUCAAGGUUUUCCUGGACCUAGAGGAAUGCCUGGUGUAGCUGGUGACGCAGGAUUACCUGGAGCAAAGGGCAUGCCGGGGCAACCAGGUGAACGAGGAAUAAAGGGGGAAACUGGAAUGCGAGGAGAAACAGGAGCUCCAGGACCACGAGGAUUACCGGGUACCCUUGGACCAGAAGGCAAGCGUGGAAAAAGAGGUUUAAGAGGACCUGCCGGUAAUGUAGGACCUCAAGGUGAAAGAGGCUUACAAGGAUUAAGAGGCUUACCUGGUGCAGAUGGUCCUUUAGGCCCUAAGGGCCAAUCUGGCGAAAGGGGUAGCGUAGGCCUUCCUGGGUCUAAAGGAAGCACUGGUGAUGCAGGAAGGCCUGGUCCACAGGGGUUGCCAGGACCCAGAGGAAUAAUUGGAAGACCAGGCAUCGUAGGCAAGACAGGAUCUCCUGGUGAGAGAGGCAUACCCGGUGCUGAUGGCAGGCCUGGUGAACAAGGAUCGCAAGGAUUACAGGGACCACCAGGAUUGAUAGGCAGCCCAGGAGAAAGAGGAUUACAGGGUGAACCUGGUAAGGAUGGUGAAAUAGGCCAACCUGGGCCAUCAGGUCCAAAAGGAGAUGCUGGUCGAGAUGGUAGCCCUGGCAUCCAAGGUCCACAAGGUGCAGUAGGUCCUACUGGUGAAAGAGGUCCAACCGGUCCCUCGGGACCCACUGGUUUCCCUGGAAUGCCUGGAAGUGCAGGUCUACCUGGUUCACCUGGAAAAGAUGGAGAACCAGGAGUAUCUGGACCAGCUGGUCCACCCGGUCAAGCAGGGCCAAGGGGCGAACGAGGUUUUCCUGGGGAAAGAGGCAUCGCCGGACAACCAGGAACGGCAGGAGAAAAGGGCGAAACUGGCGCCCAGGGUCUUGAUGGGCCACCGGGUCAAGAAGGCCCACGAGGCAGCAAAGGUCACCCAGGCCCGAUGGGGGCUAUGGGAAUGCCUGGUCCGCGUGGUUUAACUGGUUUAGCUGGAGAGAAGGGGGAAAGAGGUUCAGCUGGACCACAAGGACCCGAAGGACCAGCCGGUCGUCAGGGUGAACAAGGACCACAAGGACCAGUCGGUCCCACUGGCCCACCGGGUGAACCAGCGGAAAGGGGUGAACCUGGAGUACCGGGUAUUCCUGGUGAACCAGGAGCACCGGGGUCGACAGGGGAGCGUGGUCAACCUGGCCCACAAGGAGCCUCAGGACUACCAGGUCCACCAGGGCUAACAGGCAUGCCGGGGCUGAAAGGCGAUAGAGGUUAUGCUGGAGCUAAGGGACAGCAAGGAACGCCGGGUAGUCCAGGUAUCGCGGGAGAACCAGGCCAGCGAGGAUUACAAGGACAAGCAGGUGCUAAAGGUGCUCGAGGUGAACAAGGGCUUAAAGGUGACAUUGGACGCAUGGGGCUAGCGGGACGGCCGGGAGAUUUGGGACCACCAGGCCCGCAAGGAAGUCCCGGUCAAGCUGGAACACCUGGUAUUCCUGGCGCUAAAGGCGCAACGGGUGAGGCAGGAAGGCCUGGUCCUUCUGGACCGCAAGGUUUAACUGGACCUCCUGGGCCAGAGGGAGUAAAGGGCGAAAGAGGCAGUGAGGGAGACGUUGGACCUCAAGGACUCCCUGGUACACCAGGGCCAGCAGGAGAAAGAGGGCCAAGUGGUAUGCCAGGGUUAGUUGGCGCCCCUGGAGCUCAGGGACUGAGAGGCGUGCAGGGUGAAAAUGGUGCUCCGGGCAAACCGGGUGCAGAUGGAGCACCUGGGCUUAUUGGACCUCCUGGACCUCAAGGGCCUCCUGGUCAAAUGGGUGAACCAGGGCCGGAAGGCCGCCCGGGUAAGAUAGGCCAGCCCGGUAUAUCUGGCAGACCAGGAGAUAAGGGGCCGGUUGGACAACCUGGGCAGUCUGGACCUUCAGGACCUCCAGGAUUACAGGGACCUCCUGGAUCAUCAGGUCCACCCGGACCCACUGGAGAAAGAGGGCCAAGAGGUGAAUCUGGACCACCAGGCGUUGAAGGACGACAGGGUCCCGCAGGAAAGCAAGGCCCACCUGGAAUGGAUGGUAUAAAGGGAGAACGAGGCGAAUCUGGGGCUGAUGGACCAAAGGGACAUGCUGGGUUACCUGGAUUGCCAGGCAUGGUUGGUGCUCCGGGUAGGGUUGGUGACAGAGGAUUACCAGGACCCAUGGGACCGCCAGGGAAAGAUGGUGAUGCAGGGCCGAGAGGUCCACCUGGUCGUGACGGAAGUAUUGGCCCACAAGGUCCAGCGGGUCCACCCGGUGGCCGUGGACCCUCGGGUGAACCAGGGCGCCACGGUGCCCCAGGACCGGCUGGCCCUCCGGGACCUCCCGGUCCAGCGGGAGAAGGCCUGGCUUACGAUGCUGCUGCUAUUGCUGCUAUGCUUCAACAAGGUUCCUUUAAAGGCCCAGAUCCAUUAGGUGAUGAUCCAAACAUAUUGCCUCCAAGAUUCUUCAAAGACGAUAUGACAGCGGCGGAAAAGAAGAGCAUCGUGAUGAAGGCUUACGAACGGCUUAAAGUGUCUCUUGACAAAUUCUUGAAACCUGACGGUUCUAAGGACGCUCCGGCUAAGACAUGUGGUGAUAUUUUAUAUCAUCAUCCUGAAUAUGAAAGUGGUCAGUACUGGAUUGAUCCUAAUGGUGGAGAUAUAAAAGACGCAAUACUAGUACAUUGUGAUAUGCCAACUGGAUCCAGCUGCAUCUUCCCUAAGCCAAUGAUGUCAGAAGAGUUAACGCACACCGAUAAGAACGAGGCUUGGCUUAGUGAAGUUGAGAACGGAUUCACGAUCUCCUACAAAGCAGAUCACAGUCAGCUCACCUACCUCCAGCUUUUGUCCGUGAAGGCGACACAGAACGUAACGCUACACUGUCGCAACACGGUUGGCUACUACGACCCUGCGACCAGGAAUCACAAGCAUGGAAUAAAGUUACUUGCUUAUACUGAUGCGGAGAUCUUACCUAAAGCUAACAACAGGCUGAGAUAUAAGGCGCUUUUGGAUGAGUGCCAGUACAAAAAACAAGAAUGGGCGAAAACGAUAGUCCAGUACGAAACAGAGAAGCCUGGUCGACUUCCACUCCUGGAUGUAGCUGUGAGGGACGUUGGAAGACCACAACAGAUGUUCAAGGUUGAACUUGGACUCGCCUGCUUUAAGUAAAGGAAAAAAACUUUUAAAUGGUUUGCUAUGAACUACUAAACGGAAUACUGGAUUCAUAUGGAAACUUCUGGACAAUCAUUAUUUCUAUUACUUAUGUCCUCUAAACUUAAAAUCUUAAAAUUUAAGUGUCCCUUAAGUACUUUGAACUAAUUACUUAAUAUUGAGGCAACCUUAGCACUAAAAAUGAUAUUUCAGUAUUUCGCUUGUAGUACCUCCCUAACUUAAACGAGAAUGAUUUUUCAAAAUGCAUAUCUUCAGUACCUACUUACUGUAAUAUUUGUAGUAAUAAAAAGACUACCAGAGUUAGCAUUUUCUUAGUUGUAGAUUAUUUUAAAUCAAUAUUAUAUUUAGCUUAGAAAUUUAUUAUUUCAAAUACUCGUAGUUAAAAUAAGAAGGUUAGUAGUAAAAAACGUGUUCAUUGAAUUAAAUUUUAAUAUAAUUUUUUUACUUAAAUUUUACCUUGUACUUAGUAAGUACUUAAUUUUGUAUAAAUUGUAUUAAGUCGUCACAACGUAAUUUUAGAAUAGUUUACAAAGAUCCUAUAGGGCUGUGGUGCUAUGUACAUAAUUGUGAAUUUCUCCAAUUUUAUUAUUGUUACCUAAUACAUAAUUAAUUAAGUCUUAUGCCAUACCUCGCCAAAAACUUAGAUAAUAAGAUACUUUUGUAAGAAUUAUUAUUAAAAUAAUAAACUUUGUACCUACCUAUUUACAUUCUA